AGGGCGCCUUUCUCCUUUGGUGUCCGGCAGAAGGAUGUCCUGUCUUCUGAUGUAACUGUAACCUGUAUAUAUCACCAGCUACCGACAACACAGCGAAGCCGAAACACCGGACACAACAGCCAUGUAUUGGGCUGAUGGUGGAGCAGCAGCGGGACAGAUAGGCGGACACACCGGGGAUUGAACGCUCCGUGUGGGGGAUAACAGGACGGCCAGCGCUCACAAUCCACUGUAAAAUAUAAACACCAUCACCGACGCUAUCGUCAGGCUUCUCUGCACUGCGAUGUGAGCUGGGGAAAUACACCUUGAACUGACAACAGCGAUGUUGCAUUCAGGCGUUAUGUGGAGAGCCAGCUGAAUAAUCGGGACCGCAGAUAAACUCAGAGCUGCAGGAAGAAGUAGUGGAAACCAGCGCUGGAGAUGGACUGCAGGUGUGAAUAACGAUGACUCCCAUCCUCGCUGUUUGAACAUGCUGCUCGGGUAGCGGAGCCGAUCGAGAGGAGCGUCUACCCUGUUACACUCCUUCCCCUCUGGACACACACACACACACACAGUCGGCCUAAUUCAAGCACAACCAUGCUGAUCAAGGAGUAUCACAUCCCCAUGCCGAUGAGUGUGGAGGAGUACCGCAUUGCUCAGCUCUACAUGAUUCAGAAAAAGAGCAGAGAGGAGAGCUGUGGCGAGGGCAGCGGCGUGGAGAUCCUGGAGAACAAGCCUUACGAGGACGGCCCCGGAGGCUCGGGUCAGUACACACACAAGGUCUACCACAUCGGAAAACACAUCCCGUCAUGGUUCUGUGCCAUUCUGCCUCAAGCUGCCCUCCGAGUGGAAGAGGAGUCGUGGAACGCCUACCCCUACACACGAACCCGGUAUACCUGUCCCUUUGUAGAGAAAUUCUCUAUAGACAUUGAGACGUAUUAUAAACCAGAUACUGGAAAUCAAUUGGACGUCUUCAAUAUGUCUUCUGCUGAAAAGAGACAGAGGACUAUAGACCCCAUAGACAUCGUGAAGGACUACAUCCCUCCUCAUGAGUACCUGGCGGAGGAAGACCCUAAACUGUAUCAGUCCGUCAAAACCAAACGGGGUCCUCUGUCAGACGACUGGAUCGAGGAGAUCAACCAGAAUCAUGGUGAAAGUCCCGUCAUGUGUGCCUACAAGCUCUGCAAAGUGGAGUUCAGAUACUGGGGCAUGCAGUCCAAGAUCGAACGCUUCAUACAUGACGUGGCUCUGCGUAAAGUGAUGGUUCGAGCCCACCGGCAGGCGUGGUGCUGGCAGGACGAGUGGUACGGCCUGACCAUCGAGGACAUCCGACUGCUGGAGCUGGAGACCCAGCUGGCUUUAGCUAAGAAGAUGGCCCAGUACAGCCUGAAUGAAGAGGGGGGAGCAGAGGCCGUCAGCCAGGACCAGGAGCAGGGAGCUGAGGCCGUGGGAUCGGCUGCAGAUGCGGAAGGAGGCGGAGGGAAACUGGGAGACUCACUGGAGACACGAGGGGAGCUCACCAAGCAGUGGUCAACGUCCUCUCACUCAUCCAGCAGGUCAACUAAGAGAGGCGGGAGUCCGUCUCACCAGAGCAUUUCAGAGUGGAGGAUGCAGAGCAUCGCCCGAGACUCAGACGACAGUACAGACGAUGAGUUCUUUGAUGCUCAUGAGGACUUUUCUGACAACGAGGAGAUGUUUGCCAAGGAGAUCACCAAGUGGAGCUCCAACGACCUGAUGGACAAGAUAGAAACAACAGAGGCAGAUGAAGCACAAGAAACUUUGUAUCAGGAGUCGGGUGGGGAGUACGCUGCGAUGAGUAAUGAGGAGAGGCAGAUGGAGGACUGUUUGUCUCAGCAGUGUCUUCAAUCGUCCAAAACUCACGUCCUCGUUCUGGUCCUGCACGGAGGCAACAUUCUGGACACCGGCUCUGGUGAACAGAACAACAAGCAGGCAGAUGUAAACACGCUGAGUGGAGCUUUUGAGACCGUGAUGAGGGUCCAUUACCCAGCAGCACUGGGCCGUAUCGCCAUCCGGAUGGUCCCCUGUCCUGCCGUCUGUGUCGACGCAUUCUCACUAGUCUCCAAUCUCAGCCCCUACAGCUACGACGAGGGCUGCCUGUCCAGCAGUCAGGACCACAUCCCUCUGGCUGCUCUGCCCCUGUUGGCUACCUCGGCGCCCCAGUACCAAGACGCCGUAGCAUCCGUCAUCUUAAGAGCCAAUCAGGUGUAUAGCGACUUCGUCAAGUCUGUAGAAGGGGCGUCUUUUAAUGGCCAGGUGUGUGUUAUCGGGGACUGUGUUGGAGGUAUCCUGGGGUUUGAUGCUCUGUGCAGCAGCUCGGUGACGGUGUCAGAAAGCCAAAACAGCAGCAGACGGGGCAGCGCCAUCAGUGUACAGGACACAGACCUUCUCUCUCCAGGUAUCGUCGUAAAUAGCAUCUCUCCUUCCACGCCUUCCCUUGAAGGAAGCCGCCAUCUCAGCCGCAGCAACAUCGACAUCCCUCGCUGCUCGGGGCCCGACGACCCAAAGAGACAGCUUCCACGCAAGCGCAGCGACUCCUCCACGUACGAGCUGGACACCAUCAAACAUCACCAGGCCUUCCUGUCCAGUCUUCACUUCAGUGUGCUCCACGGGGAGCCCGGGUCACGGCGCUCCAGUGGCAGCACGAUGCUGGAAGGAGGCUCUUUGGGAAAGUUUGACUUCGAGGUGACUGACUUCUUCAUGUUCGGCUCCCCUCUGGGGCUGGUGCUUGCACUGAGGAAGACUGUGGUGCCCUUGUUAGAUGUGUCUGCUCUGCGUCCGGCCUGUCAGCAGGUUUACAACCUGUUUCAUCCAGCCGAUCCCUCGGCCUCCCGCCUAGAGCCUCUCCUGGAAAAGCGGUUCCACCUGCUGCCUCCCUUUAGUGUCCCUCGUUACCAGCGCUUCCCUUUGGGUGAUGGACACUCAGCUCUCUUGGUUGAGACCGUGCAGAGUAACCCUCAGCUUCUGAUGGAUUCUAUCGGUGCAGUUUCCCACCGCUGUCAGGACAGCACCGUCAAUGAGACCUCCAUCCCUGUGCCCGUCCUCAACUGGCAGCUCCACACAGACACGGAUUCUCUUCACUCGCAUAUUUUUGUGGACGGCCAGUCCACAUCACCGGGGGUCCCUCACCUCCGCUGCCACCGCAGGGCCAGCGAGGCCAGCAUAGCCAGCCAGGUGUCGGGCUUAGCUGACGCUUACAAUGCCUCCAACAUUGCCACCACACACAAACGUGAAGUCAGCCUGCUGUCCCAGCUGGCUCUUCCCUACAAUAGAUUUGUCUCUCGGAGCUCGUCUCUGCGGUUGCGAAAGACUAUCCGUCAGGUGUUCCCGAAACCCAACGGUGUGGAGCAUGAGCAGAGCUCGGACGUUAGCUCUGACAUGACCUCUGACCUCACCGAUGUCACGUCUGAGACAGACAUCAGCUCGGCACCCCCGUCACCAGGGGUGCUGAAGAACAUAGAGCAAGUUGCUUCUCGGUGGUGGGGCAGUAAGAGGAUGGACUACGCUCUGUACUGCCCUGAUGCCCUGACAGCGUUUCCGACUGUGGCUCUGCCUCAUCUCUUCCAUGCCUCCUACUGGGAGUCUACAGAUGUCGUCUCCUUCUUACUCAGACAGGUAAUGAGACACGAGAACUCCAGUAUUCUGGAGCUGGAUGGUAAAGAAGUGUCUGAAUUCACACCGUCCAAACCUCGAGAGAAAUGGCUCCGCAAGAGGACUCAUGUUAAAAUAAGGAACGUGACAGCUAACCACCGAGUGAACGACGCCGUGUUCACGGAGGACGGAGCCCAGAUGGUGAUGGGACGUUUCAUGUACGGCCCACUGGACAUGGUCACCCUCACUGGAGAAAAGAUUGACAUCCACAUCAUGACCCAGCCUCCCUCUGGAGAGUGGGUUUACUUCAGCACAGAGCUCACCAACAGCAGUGGACGGGUCUCUUAUGUGAUCCCUGAGAGCCAAAAGCUGGGUAUCGGAGUGUAUCCAGUCAAAAUGGUCGUCAGGGGCGACCAUACAGUUGCAGACAGCUAUCUCUCUAUUGUUCCACGAGGAACAGAGUUUGUUGUAUUCAGUAUUGACGGGUCAUUUGCUGCCAGUGUGUCUAUAAUGGGCAGCGACCCAAAGGUUCGAGCUGGAGCUGUGGAUGUGGUGAGGUACUGGCAGGACUUGGGCUAUUUGAUAGUAUACGUAACGGGUCGUCCUGACAUGCAGAAGCAGCGUGUGGUGGCCUGGCUCUCUCAGCAUAACUUUCCUCACGGCAUCGUCUCAUUCUGUGACGGGCUGGUUCACGACCCGCUCCGACACAAGGCCAACUUCCUCAAAGGCCUCAUCAACGAGGCCCACAUGAGGAUCUUUGCAGCCUACGGCUCCACCAAGGACAUAUCUGUGUACUCAACUAUCGGCUUGCCUCCGUCACACAUCUACAUAGUGGGAAGGCCCACGAAGAAAUUGCAGCACCAGUGUCAGUUCAUCUCGGAUGGCUACGCUUCCCACCUGUCCCAGCUGGAGUAUAACCAGCGAUCUCGUCCUGCCAAGUCUGGUAGCACCCGCAUGGUCCUCCGUAAAAGCAGCUUUGGGAUGGGCGCAGCCGGAGGAGACUUCCUUCGCAAGCGCAAUCACAUCUUUCGCACCAUCUCUCAGCAGCCCGGAGGGGCGGGGGCGGCCUCUACGAACCAGCCGGGGCGGACCGAGCGAACCCUGAGCCAGUGUGAAAUGGAGCGAGAUCGAGGGGUCGGGCCAGCAACCCAGAGGAGCAUGAGUAUAGCUGCAGGGUGCUGGGGUCGCAGCGGGAGCACCAAGGAGGGCAGCGGAGGGUUACUCGGCCCGAAAUAAGGUUCAAGGUGGAGCUGUGGUGUUAAAGGACCCGGCCUGAACCACCAUGAUCUCUGGAUUAGACACAGAGAGAAGAGAGAAGGGUGGAAGAAGACGAAAUGGAUGUAGGGUUUGUAUUUUAGAAAUGAAAGGGACAGAGACGGAUACGACAUGAACGACACACUUCUGUAGCAUGACUCUUUUACAGUAAUACUUUUAUAGGAUACAUCGCUAACGAUUCAAAAUGAAAGAUGACGAGGAAGGAUUAAAUGAAAUAUUGUAAGCCUUAAACUAAUCUUGUAUAACGGGACCCCACCUCCCCUUUCCAAA